AUGCCUACAGAGGCUCAGGAUAGAUCUGUGGCUUCUUCUGUGAAAUGUAAGCUGCAGGGUAGCACUCGUAUCCCUGCAUUCUCAAUGGAUGGGGACUAUGUUAUUGGUGGUGUUUUCUCAAUCCACUACUACAUGCAAACAGUAAACCAUGACUACACUACCAUGCCUGAGCCAGUGAGAUGCAGUGGGAGCAUUAAUACCCGUGAGCUGCGCUUCUCACGAGCAAUGGUUUUUGCCAUUGAAGAGAUUAACAACAGCACAGAGCUUCUGCCCGGGAUAAGGCUUGGGUAUCAGAUCUAUGACUCAUGUUCAUCAGUGCCUGUGGCAGUGCAUGUGGCAUUUCAGUUGUUAAAUAGCUUGGACACUGUGUUUUACACAGGUGGCAACUGCUCACUAUCUGGUAUGGUGAUGACUAUUGUUGGUGAGUCUGGGUCUACACCAUCCAUCAGCAUGUCACGCAUCCUUGGGUCUUUUAAUAUUCCUCAAUUUGGCUGGACUUGGAUAGGUGCUGUUCGUUCGGAUUCAGAUUAUGGAAAUAGUGGCAUGGCAUCUUUUCUAGAAGCAGCACAAAAAGAGGGAAUCUGUGUGGAAUAUUCUGUAUCUUUCUAUCGGACUCACCCACAUAGCAGGAUCCAAGAAGUAGCAAGUGUUAUCCGCAGGUCUACAGCAGUGGUUAUUGUGGCAUUUGUUGCUUCUGGUGACAUGAAAAUUCUGUUGGAGGAGCUUUCACGUGAGCCUUCCCCACCUCGCCAGUGGAUAGGCAGUGAGUCAUGGAUAACUGAUUCAGAAUUUAGAAGGUUUAAUUUCUGUGCUGGGGCCAUUGGAUUUGGGAUUCAGAAGUCUGUAAUCCCCGGUUUCAGAGAUUUCCUGCUUAAUUUAUCUUCCUCUCAAGUAGCUGCAUCCCCUAUGCUUACUGAGUUCUGGGAGGAAUCGUUCAACUGCAAAAUGAAAAAAAGUCCUGUUGUUGACAAGAAGAUAUGUGAUGGAACUGAAGACAUACAGAAUCUUCAAAUCCCGUAUACUGACACAUCUCAGCUCAGAAUUACUAACAUGGUGUACAAGGCUGUGUAUGCAAUAGCACAUGUCAUCCAUAAUACAGUGUGUCAGAGAACCAAUGGCAUAGCUAAGUGUGACAAACUAAACAAGUUAGAGUCCAAACAGAUCUUAGCAGAGCUGAAGAAAGUACAUUUUUCCCAAAAUGGUUAUGAUGUGUCAUUUAAUGCUAAUGGGGAUCCUGUGGCGAUUUACGAGUUGGUUAACUGGCAGAAGAGUGAAACUGGAAAAACAGAGUUGGUAACAGUAGGACUUUAUGAUGCAUCACUAUGGUUUGGUCCUCCACAACAAAGAAUGACUGUUGUGUCUUUCACCUUUAUUCAAGUUUUAAUAUGUACUAUUUGGUUGGUACUUAGCCCUCCAUUCCCAAUUAAAAAUCUAACCGCAUACAAGGAGAAAAUCAUACUGGAAUGUGCAUUAGGCUCUGCUGUUGGCUUCUGGGCUGUGCUCAGUUACGUAGGCCUACUUGCCGCCUUUUGCUUUGUUUUAGCUGUUUUAGCCCGCAAAUUACCUGACAAUUUCAAUGAAGCUAAAUUUAUCACCAUCAGCAUGCUGAUAUUCUGUACAGUGUGGAUCACCUUUAUCCCAGCAUAUGUCAGCUCUCCUGGGAAAUUCACUGUGGCUGUUGAGAUUUUUGCCAUUCUGUCCUCCAGCUUUGGACUAAUAAUGUGUAUAUUUGCUCCAAAAUGUUUUAUAAUUUUGUUUAACCCCGAGAAAAACACCAAGAAAUAUUUAAUGAACAAAAAUCCAACUUAG